AUGACGUUGGAGAGGAUGGGUAAGCGCUUAACGAUACAAUUAGUGGAGAUGUGUAGUUACGAGGCUUAUCAGGCUCUCAUAGCCAGUGUUUGCCAAUGUGAAAACGCGAUGGAACAGUCAUCUUUGGUAAUAGCUAUGAACUAUGAACAGCAAAAGCAGUAUGAAGAUUUAUAUAAAGAAAUUGAAAAUGCUAUUGAAAAUGCCAAGAAUCGCAUUCAACAAUGCAAGGAAGACUUGAGAUCUGCAAAGACUGUCAGGAAGAAUAGACGAGAGUAUGAUAGUCUUGCAAAGGUUCUAUGUGAUCAUCCAGAAAGGGAUAAAACUCUUGAGAAAUAUAUAAAAUUAAAAGCUACAUUAGAACGACUAGAAAAGUUAAAUGAAGAAUAUGAUCAAAAAAUUCAGCUUAGAAAAACACAAUUUCAUCUAUUUCUUGUUGCUCUAAAGGGGUUGCAGAAAAUUGUAGAGGAUGAUGAACCAUUGUCUUCGAAUGUUGAUGAUUUAACGUGUGUUCAGUCGUCAUUGAAGUCUAUACAUGAAGAUGAUACUGUAAAAAUGGAUACUGUAUGA